AUGCAAACAACAGGAAAUCCCUUCAAUUUCAAUCAACAAACGGCUUCUCAGCAGCUCAUGACUGUCGAAGGGACACAAAUGUGCCCCCGUUGUGGCCCGAUCACCUAUAAUCACACCGCCACUUCGGCACAAAUCUUUGCUCCAUACAUGAGACCCAUCGAUCUCGUCGGAACCGUUCCGAUUUGUGAAGUCCAAUUACUCACUGAUGUGUCGGGAGGAAUGGUUUUGGAUUUGAAUGUCGGAUCGGCGAGUCGAUACGUGUUUUGUGGAUUGGAUGGACAAUGGUAUGUGAUGCAAGGAUCGACCCCACUCAUCAUCAAAAGUCUCAUUUGUUACGCAUACAAUCCAACUCCACAAUUCCCGUCAAUGCAACUACCGUCCUUG